AUGCAGUGGAAUCACAUUCCAUCAAUACAAAAUGCACUACAGUACAUUGAUAGAUAUGUCUCUGCAUGGAAUCCACGAGCACUGGAUCUUAGAAACCAAACAUUCCAUCGAUCAAUUAUUGAUGAUCCUUUCUUGAUGGACACAACAAUGAUUCAAUCAAGUGAUGCUUCAAAUGACUAUUGUGAGUUGGUCAAUUCUGUUCAACGACAUACAAAGUGUACUGCCCAAAGUUGCCUCCGAAGAAAGGGCACAACUCUUCUAUGUCGUUACAAAGCCCCUUGGACCAUUCAAGAAAAAUCUACUCUUUCAAAUGUUGAAAAUGGCCAACCGAAACACACCCCUGCUCGCAAUGAUGACCACCUCAAUCUUCACAACCCAUUCAUACUUUCUAUAUGGAGGGCCAAUGUAGAUUGUCAACCAGUUCUCUCAAUAGAUGUUGUGAUCAAAUAUAUUGCAAAAUAUGCAGCUAAAGCUGAAAACAAAUCUGAGACAUAUCAUCAAAUGUUGUCUCGCAUUUCAACAAACUUUGAGCCUGAUAAACCAGCUCCUAAUGCUUUUCAAAAAAUGCUUCUAGAGAACCUUGUUGACCGUGAUAUAGGAGCUCAAGAGACUUGUCACCUUUUACUAAAACUACCACUAUCCCUCUCUAGCAGAACAUUUGUUUCUUUAAAUGUGAACCAAAAAAACUUCCAAUGUGUUUCAAUCUCCCCCACAGGAACAACCACUUAUCCAAAUUAUAUUGCAACCUACAUGGAAAGGCCUAUACAUCUAGAGAGAAUGUGUCUUAUUGAUGUAACUAAAAAAUGGUCAUUCAAUGCAUCUCGAAAACGCGAUCAAUGGAAAGAGAGAACCAAUCCUGUAAUAGUUCGAGUCUCCCCUAGAUUCACAUCCAUACCUUCAAAGGAGGACAAAUAUUUUCAAGCAUUUUGUUGGAGUGAACUAAUACUAUACCAUCCAUUCCGCAACAUUGAGAUGGAUUUUGGCUCUUCGGAUGAUGAAAUUAAAGCACAAUGGGAGAGGUUCUCCAACAACUACCAUCCAUGGCAUGUACAUCGAACAACCUCAACAACAACGGAAGAAAGUGAUACUAGCACUCCUGCAAGCGAGCCUGAACAGAUACAACAGGACUUCCUUACUGAAUGGCAAGCCCUUUCAGCUUUAUACCCAGGAAUUCCUAUUCAACUGGAUGAACUUGAUAUGCUUGGCCAACGUGAAAUUGACUUGAGCCAUGACUGGGGAAAACACCACAUACCCACACAAUAA